AGCGCGGCCCGCGGUUGUUUGGUUGUGAGGGCGGCGGAGAGCGGUGGCCAUGGGGGUCCCCAAGUUCUACCGGUGGAUCUCGGAGCGGUACCCCUGCCUCAGCCAGGUGGUGAAAGAACAUCAGAUUCCAGAGUUUGACAACUUAUACCUGGACAUGAAUGGCAUUAUACAUCAGUGUUCACAUCCAAAUGAUGAUGAUGUUCACUUCAGAAUCUCAGAAGAUAAGAUUUUUGCUGAUAUUUUUCACUAUUUGGAAGUACUGUUUCGUAUUAUUAAACCAAGGAAGGUUUUCUUCAUGGCAGUUGAUGGAGUAGCUCCAAGAGCCAAAAUGAAUCAGCAGCGCGGGAGACGUUUUAGAUCAGCAAAAGAGGCAGAGGACAAAAUAAAAAAGGCACUAGAAAAGGGAGAAACUCUCCCUACAGAGGCCAGAUUUGACUCAAACUGUAUUACACCAGGAACUGAAUUCAUGGCCAGAUUGCAUGAGCAUCUUAAAUAUUUUGUAAAUAUGAAGAUUUCCACAGACAAAUCCUGGCAAGGAGUAACAGUCUACUUAUCAGGCCAUGAGACUCCAGGAGAAGGUGAGCAUAAAAUUAUGGAGUUCAUCAGAUCAGAGAAAGCAAAGCCCCAUCAUGAUCCAAACACAAGACAUUGUCUCUAUGGUUUAGAUGCUGACUUGAUUAUGCUGGGUUUAACAAGUCAUGAGGCACACUUUGCUCUCUUAAGAGAAGAAGUCAAAUUUGGUGGUAAAAAAUCUCAAAGAGCAUGUGCACCAGAAGAAACCACAUUUCAUUUACUACACUUAUCACUGAUGAGAGAAUAUAUUGAUUAUGAAUUUUCAUCCGUAAAAGACAAGAUUUCCUUUGAAUAUGAUAUUGAAAGGAUAAUAGAUGAUUGGAUCUUAAUGGGUUUCCUUGUAGGAAAUGAUUUUAUUCCUCAUCUACCUCAUUUACACAUUAACCAUGAUGCACUGCCGCUACUUUAUAGAACAUACAUGGCUAUCUUGCCAGAACUGGGAGGUUACAUAAAUGAAAAUGGGCAUCUGAAUUUAAAACGCUUUGAAAAAUAUCUCACGAGAUUGUCAGAUUUUGAUCGUGAACACUUCAGUGAAGUCUUUGUAGACCUAAAAUGGUUUGAAAGUAAGGUAGGCAAUAAAUACCUCAAUGAGGCAGCUGGUAUUGCAGCAGAGGAAGCCAGAAAAAAUAAACAGAAGAAACAGAAGGCUCAGGAAAAUUCUAUAUGUUUGGCUGCUUUAGAAAAAAAUGAAGGUGAAGUGACCUCUAAAAAUGUUUUGGAAGACGAACCAGAAGAUGAUGAUCUGUUUGAAACUGAGUUUAGGCAAUACAAAAGAACUUACUACAUGACUAAAAUGGGUGUAGAAGUAGUUUCUGAUGACUUUUUGGCUGAUCAAGCUGAAUGUUAUGUACAGGCAAUACAAUGGAUUUUGCAUUAUUAUUACCAUGGAGUUCAGUCUUGGAGCUGGUAUUAUCCUUACCAUUAUGCACCUUAUCUAUCAGAUAUUUGCAACAUCAGUGAACUCAAAAUCAAAUUUGAACUGGGAAAACCUUUCAUGCCGUUUGAACAGCUUCUUGCUGUACUUCCAGCAGCUAGCAAGGAUCUCCUACCUAAAUGCUACCAGCACUUGAUGAUUAGUCAAGACUCUCCUAUUAUAGAAUAUUAUCCACCAGAUUUUAAAACUGACCUAAAUGGAAAACAGCAAGAAUGGGAAGCUGUAGUAUUAAUCCCAUUUAUUGAUGAGAAACGACUGCUUCAGGCCAUGGAAUCCUGUAAUAAGUGCCUAAAGGAAGAGGAGAAACGAAGAAAUACUCACAGUGCUUGCUUAAUGUACUGGUAUGACAAAGGUGCAGAGUUCCAGUACACAUCACCUUGGCCAGAGAAAUUCCCUGCAAUAGAAAGAUGUCAUGCAAGGUACAAAACAAUACCUUUGGAUGCUUGGCAUGUAGAAGUAACCCACAAUAAGAUAACUAAAAUCAACAAGAGUGCUUUAUACUUUUGUGGAUUUCCUACUUUAAAGCACAUUAAACAUAAGUUCUAUCUUAGAAAAAGUGGUGUACAAGUGUUUCAGCAAAGCAGCCAUGGAGAGAACAUGAUGUUGGAAAUCAUAGCUGAUGAGAACUCAAAAGAGCAGAUGGUAGAAGAUGUUGCCAGUCUGGUCCUUGGAAAACGGAUUUUUGUUAACUGGCCACACCUUGAAGAAGCCAGAGCUGUUGCUGUGUCAGAUGGAGAAACCAAAUUUUAUCUGGAAGAACCACAUGGCACACAGAAGCUUUACAUGGGAAGUGCAGUGCCCCCAACUAAAGUGUCGUAUGUUGGAGAUAAGGAGCAAAACCUGUGGGUAAAAGAAGUUCAAGGAAUUUCAGAGCAUUACCAAAGAAGAAAAGGAAUAAUUAUUCAUGAAACAUCAAUUGUUGUAUAUGCUCAGUUACUCACUGGUAACAGAUACCAACUAAACCAAAAUGGAGAAGUUUAUUUGGAGAAGCAGUGGUCAAAACAAGUUCUUCCAUUUGUUUACCAAACUGUUGUCAAGGAUAUCAAAGCCUUUGACUCUCGUUUUUCAAACAUCAAAACUCUGGAUGACUUGUUUCCUCCUGGAAGUACAGCCUUUAUGCUGGGAUUGCCGUGCUACGGCUGCAUGGGAGAAGUUCAAGAUUCACGUGAUGUGAUCACAGAAGGGAGAAUUCGUGUAGUUUUCAAUAUUCCAUGUGAACCCCAGCUUGAUCCUUUAAUACAGAACCAACAUAAAUAUUCAGUGAAAUAUAAUCCUGCGUAUAUUUUGGCCAGCCGUCUUGGUGUCAGUGGAUAUCUUGUUUCCAGAUUUACAGGGAGUAUCUUUAUUGGAAGAGGAUCAAAGAAAAAUCCUCAUGGAGAUCAUAAAGCAAAUGUGGGGCUAAACCUCAAGUUCAAUAAGAAAAAUGAGGAAGUUCCUGGCUAUACAAAGAAAGUUGGAAAUGAAUGGAUGUAUUCUUCUGCAGUAGAACAGCUACUUGCGGAAUAUUUAGAAAGAGUCCCUGAACUAUUUAAUUACAUAGCCAAGAACAGCCAAGAAGAUAUCUUCUAUGAAGAUGACAUUUGGCCUGGAGAGGAUGAGAACGGAGCUGAGAAAGUACAAGAAAUUAUAUCCUGGUUAAAGGCACAUCCUGUAUCUGCUUUGUCUCGCUCAUCUUGUGACUUUCAAAUUUUGGAUGCAGCCAUUGUUGAGAAAAUUGAAGAAGAAAUAGAGAAAUGCAAGCAGAGAAAGAGCAACAAGAAGGUGCGAGUAACUGUGAAACCCCAUUUGCUGUACAGACCAUUAGAACAACAGAAUGGGGUUGUUCCAGAUCGAGAUGCAGAGUACAGGCUGUUUGACCGUGUUGUCAAUGUGAGAGAGAACUUCUCUGUUCCAGUUGGUCUUCGAGGUACCAUUAUAGGAAUUAAAGGAGCCAGCAGAGAAACAGAUGUGCUCUUCGAAGUCUUGUUUGAUGAAGAAUUCCUUGGAGGCCUAACUAUAAGGUGCUCACCUGCUAGAGGAUAUCGUCUGCCAUCAAGUGCCUUAAUUAACCUGUCUCAUGGUAGUCGGUCCGAAAUGGGAAACCAAAAACUGACAGCCAUAGUUAAACCUCAGCCAGCUGUGAAUAACUACAGUUCAUACACAUCUGAUCCAUCAUCUGCAUGCUCACAAAAAGUGCAUUUGGGUGGCCUCAACCAUUCGCCUCGCUCUCUUUUUGUUCCUACGCAACAACUGAAUGGAAGACAGCAUUACAGUCUCAAGGCUGAAAAUCAGGGCAACUCGAACUCAGUCCAGAAAGGAUCAUAUCUGAGUGGCAAUCAGAAAAAUAAAGCACAAAGUAAGCAAGAUGAUGAAUUCUGUAGCAUAUGGCAGUCAUUGCAGAGUUCUGGGAAGCCUCACCACAUUCAGCAAAACAUGCAUGAGAAGGGUGCAUUUCUACCUCAGGAUAUCACACUGGGAACUGGCAAUCAGUUCUAUAAGCCAGGAUUCAAUGACAGCAGCUUUAAAGGUCAGCAAAGAAAACAGGAGUCUUACAAAAAAUUUAAAGAAGAUUCCAGAGUUACAAGAGGUGAAAAUCAUUCACAUAAUAGAAUACCAAACAAACAGAAUUUUGCAGAUGUGAAUAAGUACAAUGUCAAACUUCUGAAGAGGAACGAAAGUUCCAACAUCCCUGUCAUUCAGAAGGCUGCUGUUAAUGGUCCUUGUGCAGGUGGAAAGGACAAUGAACUUGAAAGUUUUCUAGCUUCUUUGAAAAUUUCCAAAGAAAAUGAAGUGCAGACUUAUUCCAAAGAGCAGAGAGCUACAAAUGAAGAACGUCAGUCACCACAAUCAUUUGCUAUGAAAGGAACACAAAUGCUCAAAGAGAUUUUGAAGAUAGAUGGUUCUGACCAGGAGACAAGGAAUGAAGUCAAAUCACAAGUUAAUGAUGUUCCUGCUCCCCCUAGAAGCCAAGAUUGCCAUGGAUCUGCCCUGCAAAACAGACAAGCAAAGAAAAUGGCUGCUUAUAUAAACAAAGUUCAUACCAGUGGAGCCCCUCAGAACUCAUCAGCACUGGAAAUUGAAGGUCACCCUUUUGGUUGUCCACAGCCUGCACUGUCUACAGUUUCUGAACUGUCUCAUGUUUGUUCUCUUGUUGGAAUGUCGCAACCAGAUUUCUCUAUCUUAAGAACACCACAGACUAUGACAGUUUGUCAUAUAAAAUUAUCGAAUGGUUUGUUGAUUCAUGGACCUCAGUGUCAUUCUGAAGCUGAAGCAAAGGAGAAAGCUGCACUUCUUGCUUUACAGCAUUUGAGUUCUAUAGGAGUAAACUUCCCUUUGCCUCCACCUUUGCCUCCACCAAUGUUUCCAAAUUAUCAACCACUGGGAGUUCCUGUACCACCUGGAUCUAUUCCUCCAGUAUUUGCACAGCCCCCUGCUAAUGUAAUGCCUCCGUCAUCUCACAUGUUUGGUCCAGUAUCCUGGGGAAAUCCAGUGCCUAAACAUUAUUAUCCUGGCUCCUAUCCAGGAAAUGUGUCUCUUGCAGGAACUAUACCAGUUGGUUCUCACAACCAGUUUAUACCUCUACAGGUAACUAAAAAAAGGGCUGCUAGCAAGAAAAACUUUGAGUUCAAGGAGUUUCAGAGUUCCCCUCAAGCUGCACCACUAAAGAAUGAACAGCCAGUGUCUUCUGACCACAUUCAGCAAGACAGUUCUUCAGCUCCUUUAAAAUCUCCUCAAGCUGCUCAAUCCACUGUUUCAUUUCAAGACAAUGUGGCUACUCCAACUGUUCCUCAUAACAAAUCAACACCAAACACUUCCAGUAAGCCAAGAAAGCCAAGAAAGCUGGCUGUUAAUUUUGGCGCACCAAAAUCUUCAGAAUAAAGAUGGUAGCUAGGUGUGUUUUAUCUUUAACUCUUCCCCCAUUGUUACGUUCUAUCAUUUAAAAAAUCAGAAAGCUCUAUGAAAAAGACCAGCCAUUUUAAGUAUAGUAUAGUGUAGAAUGAUCUACGUUUUAUUUGCUAUUAUUUCCUGGUUGUUAGGAAAACUAUGAAAAUCAUGUUAAAACUUAAUUCCUUUUACUUAAAUGAGCAAAAGCCAGGAAAUGCUGAGUUAAGGUUACCAUGCCAUUCAUUGUGCCUAGGUUUCUGAACAGUGGCUUACAGACUAUACUGGGUAAGCAGCAAUAACAGUGGCUACCUUAAUUCAGAAUUGCUGUGCUUUUGGGGAGGGAUAUGGAACUGUAAUAAGUUGGGCAUCUAACAUUGCUUAAUAUGACAUCUUGUAUUCUAGCGUAUUUUUAAAUAGUAUAAAAAGACAGAAAGGAAAACCUAUUUAAAUGCAGAUUUUAUAUUGGCUCUUUGGAUCCUUUUGAGUUGAAUCACUAUGACUCAAACCUUACAGUGGAACUGCCAGAUUCACUUUACCUAUGGACUGCUAAGUUUAUAACCAGAGGGCAACAACUUUAUAGCUUUGAAAAUGUAGAUGAUAUUGUAUAUCACUCUAGUAUUAGAGUGGCAAAAAGUGGUUGCUGAUGCAGGAUUUGUUCCAGGAGAUAAAUUUAUAGGAUGUAUUGAAUUAAAAAAUAUAUUUGCAAAGUAGAGAGCUCUUUCAUAAAGUGUGUUUAUUUUUUUAAAUUUAGCAGCAUUAUCAGUGUCAUUGUUUUCUUAUAGUAAGGUAAGGUAAUGUAGUUAUCUGUUACAGACCUGCAUAGUCCCCUAAAAUGCUAAUGAAAUCCUGAUUUAUUUUUUUAUUCAAAAUUGUACAAGUGGCCAGAGAUUGAAGAUGUCCAUUUGUCUGGUAUGGCUCAGUUAUGUUUGUCCAUUAUGUUUUGUCUAUUUCUCCCUGUAACAGUUUGCUUCCUGAAACAUUUUCUGUGGUAGGUUAUUUUUUUGUUGUUAGUGAUUUUGAAUAAUUACUUUUUUAGUUCUCUAAUAGGAAUUUUGUGGAGCAAUUUUACUAUCAGGAACUGCCACUAUUGGUUUCAUAAGAAUAUUCAGACAAAAAGCUGGCUUUGAGGGGAGAACUAGAAAAGAAUAAACUCAGUCAUUCUUAAUUUACAUAGGAAAAAAAGAAGGUGUAAAGGUUCUAGUACUAUUUUUAGUCAUUUUUAAACUAUAAUAUAUGUAUUGUUCUUACUGACAUGAAUAAGAAAUCUAGAAUCUAAGAUAAAAUUUGAAACAUCAGUUAGUGCUGUUACAGACGUUGAUUGAAUAUAAUUUUUCUUCUUUAAUCUGUUCCAGAAACAACAUUGUUCCUGUAAGGCCCAGGAAGCUUUAGAAAUAAAGCAUACUUUUGUGAUUCAUUGUGUUGCCUCCAAAUAGAACAGUUCCCCAACCUGCCUCCAUUUCUUGGUGUAGUACCAUAUUAGAGGAUUUUUUUUACAUUGAUUUCCCCAAGACAGUUGUUGCCUCGAAAGUAUUUGUAGAAUAGCAGCAGGCCCUAUAAAAAAGGAUCACAGAGGUAAAAGCAAAAUUAAGAAAUUUUAUUUUAUUUUACAUAUUAUCACAAACCUUGUAGAAUUGUUUGUUUACAUUUUUAAAAUACAUUGAUUUUAUUGUUCUCUUUAUAGCCAUCUAGUCUCAAGAGGGUUUAAAGCCAUAUUCCAUAAAGGGAAAGUUGUAUAUUUUGGUAAUUUAUGGUCUUUAGCAACACAAGACUGACACAAUGCUGACAUGCCAAUAUUUUAGAAGUGUCUAUGUGAAAUUUAGUUUUGAGACAGAGGUUAGUUCCUUGUAGUGCACAUGAAUUAUCUCAUCAUCAAAGAAAAGUUCUUUUUAGAAAUUCCUGUGAUGGAGAUUAGACUACAUUUGAGUCUUGUGUCACAGAAAUUUGACAUAUUUCUGGCAAUGUUUAGGAAGUUAUGAGACAGUAUACUCUGUAACACCAGUAAAUACAGCAUUUUUUAUUAUUAACUAAUUACUUCAGACUAAGACUACAUCUCCCUCUUAAGGUAGUAGUCCUCUACUUUAUAUAUACAGCUGAAUAAACACUUCAUUCUGUAGCUGCUGCAUAUUGUAUUAGUGCUUGGUUUUUAGUUUAUAUUCCAUGAUACUGACUGCCUGGUGCCCAAUUAAUUACAGUUUUACAUGUCCUGGUAGAUGUGACAUCUGCAUUGAUCUAUGCCAUGUCCCCUGUGAUUUCAGUUUUAUAUUUUAACAAGAUGAUUAUGUUUCAUACAUACAGAUAUAAAUUUAACCAUUUUUUUUCAUAGAUAAAAAGUAUUUUGUAAGCACUGGAGUUUUUCAUUAGAUCUUAUACAGAGCAGUAUUUUACUAAAAAAACCCCAAAAAAACAAAAGGGAAGACUUUUAUGUGUGCAUUUUUGUAGUUUCUGAUUUUUUAAAAAUAAUUUUUCAUUGUUUAUCUGCCAAGUGAAAUGUUUUAAAUUUGCAUAUGAAUGGAUACAGAAUGUAUUUUUUGUGCUGUUUAGUGUUAAGUGUGCAUUUGCAUAUUUUUAGCAUGUAGUUGCACAAAGGACUGUGCAAAGAUAUUUUAAAAUAUGAAUAUAUGAUACACUGAAGGAAAAACAUUCAUAAAUGCUAUAUAAAACCUUAAUGCAAUAGAAUAAUUUUAUAAAUUGUGUCUGUGUCUGCUUGGAUUAAAUAUUGAAAUAAG